AUGUAAGAAAUUCCGAAGUAAAUUCAUUAUAAAACAGAUCAUCAUCUCAAAUAAUUAUCUUAAUUCCUUUUAAAUCAUUAAGGAAUUAAGAAAUUGAAUUAAUUAGGAUGUAUAUAAUGUACUAAUGAGUAUUAUGACAAAAUUCAUAAUGUAGAAUUUGAAGAAGGAGAUGAAAUUAUUCAUACUGGGGAGAUAGGUGAUUUAUUUUAUUUAUUGAUGGAAGGAGAAAUUAAUAUUAAAAAAACAUAUUUUGGAACUGAAGCUUUACUUAAUCUACCAUAUAUAUAGAAUAUAAAAAGUGUGACAAAAACAAAAUUUGGAACUAUAAGCAAAUAUGAUUAUGAAGAUAUUAAGAGGAAGGCUAAAUUAAAAGAUCCAAAUGAAUAAUUAGAAUUCUUUAGAUAAUCACAAUUAUUUGGAUAAUUAUCUAAAGCAAUGAUAGAAAGACUAUUAAAGAACUGUUAAAUAGAAAUAUUUGAUAAAACUCAAAUAGUAUAUUAUGAAGGUGAACCUUCAUCAACAAUCUAUUUAGUUCGAGAUGGAAUAUUUUAAUUAUAGAAAAAAAUGAUAGUUGAAAAUAGAUGGAAAAAUAUUACUAUAAGUGAAAUAGGAAUCUAUCAAUUAUUUGGUGAUUUAGAAUGUUUAUUGAAUAAAUAAAGAUAUUUCACUGUUAAAUGUUUUAAAUAAGGUAGUUGUUACAAAAUAAGCAAUGAAGAUUUUUAUUAGAAGGUGAUCUCAGAUUAACCAAGUUUAGAAGCUUAAAGAUAUAUAAAUUAAUAUAUAAAAGCAUAAUUACUUAAUAGAACAGAGAGAAUUGAAAGAGUAACUAUGACUUUAGCUUAGAAUAGUGAAUAUUUAAUUGGUUUACCAGAAUCUAAGACAUAAAGCAAUAAAGAAUGGAGUUAAAUAGAAAUGAGAGUACUUGAUAAAACUCAUUCAAGAUAUGCAUAAAUUUAUAAUUAAGCUUGUUAAAAAAGAGUUAAAGUUAGAUAUGCUACUAUACAUAAAACUGAAGUAGCUGUCCCUAGAAUUACAUCAAAGAAUGAUUCUGUUCAUAAGACCAUCGUUGUCUCAAUUGAUAAACCUAUCAAAUAGUAUAUCUAUGAUGAAAUUAAAAUGCCUGAAAUUGUUUAAAGGAAGUAUCGAGAUAUCUUACCUAAGAGAUAAAAAGAUUUCUGGAUUAUUACCUAAAACAACAAAUCUUCCAUACUUUGA